UCGUCGCUAUAAAUUAGUCUGUCGAGGAGAGAUAAGGUGAAGAAGAUCAUUCGCUAAUCCCUUGCAAUGGCCGAUUUUUUUUUUCAGAAACAUGAUGCUCGGUAUCAGUAUCUUUUCCGUUGAGUUAAAAAGAAGAUCGUCUUGGAUUUUCUUUCUUUUUGCCAUUGGGAUAUUAAUUAAAAGUGGUUAGUGAGAUGAGUAAAAGUUGGAAAAGUGAUAAAUCCAGCCAAAGAGAUCAAGAAGUGAAUCUUCUGAAUUAUAAGGGGCAUAGGCCAUCUGUAGCCAUUCGAAGGCAGAGACCAAGGGCUAUUCUGAAGUCGGGAGACUGCAAUGUCCUUCAGCACAAUCUCAGUCGGCAUCAGCUAAAAUUCCUUCAGGAUAUCUUUACCACUCUCGUGGAUCUUCAGUGGCGGUUAGUCCUGUUGAUCUUCGCUUUGAGUUUUCUGUUGUCCUGGUUAUUCUUUGCCUUCAUGUUCUGGCUGAUCGCACUGACUCAUGGGGAUCUUGAUGAACUACAUCUCCCGCCAAUGCAAGAAAUCAAUGGCUGGAAGCCCUGUGUCCUCAAUAUUUAUUCCUUCACUUCCUGCUUUCUCUUUUCUCUGGAAUCACAACAUACUAUUGGGUACGGUGUUAGGGCUACAACGGAAGAGUGUCCGGAAGCGGUUUUUGUCACGUGCAUGCAAGCAAUCUGUGGAGUUUUGGUUCAAGCUUUCAUGGCGGGCAUUGUUUUUGCCAAGCUCACUCGGCCAAAGAGUCGCUGCCAGACUCUUCUCUUCUCCAAGAAUGCUAUCAUUGGUCAGAGGGAUGGAGAACUACGUCUGAUGUUCAGGGUUGGGGAUAUGAGGGAAAAGAGCCACAUAAUCGGUGCCAAUAUUCGAGCCCAAUUGAUCCAGACAAAAGUAUCUCCAGAAGGGGAAAAAAUCAAUCAGUAUCACACGGAACUUGAACUAAAAAUGAAUGACUGUGACUCUAAUCUGUUCCUAAUUUGGCCAGUGGUUGUUAUGCAUAAGAUUACAAUUGAUUCACCGCUCUAUGGGCUCUCACCCUAUGACAUCAUGCAGGAUCAAUUUGAGAUUCUUGUCUUCCUUGAGGGUACAAUCGAAUCCACAGGACAGAGCACUCAAGCUCGAACCAGUUACUUAAAUACUGAAAUUCUCUGGGGAUAUCGAUUCCAAGAGAUUGUAAAUUUUAGUGCUGAGAGUCGCGUUUACGAAGUGGAUUAUUCAAAAUUUAACGAAGUCAUCCCCAUUGAGACCCCCUUUCCAUCUCCAACUUCCGAUCGACCAGAAGAAGUUUAUCAAUCCCCGUCGGAAAUCUAUCACACAAUUCAAGCAAUACCAAGCACCCCACACAUUACACCAAAUACUAUGAAUCUUCAGCUUAAUAAUCUCGAUCACUAUCACAUUUUCAACAAUCCCAACCGUUCCUUUAAAAUUUAUACCGACGCCGAAUCUGUGCAAUCUCAUCCCGGAGUCUGUCCAGUUUGAUGAACUACUUUACUCAAGCACCAGGCGUCUCCAUCGAUACAGCAGAGACACAUUGUGCUCCAACAACCGAUUCAGAUGAUCGGAAAAAAAAAACGUACACUGGAGGACAAAUUUAUCUGAACAAACUGAUUAUAGCAAAUAUUUUCGCAAAAUAUGAAAAUAAAAAAGAGCUAUAAUUUUUUUAUCAUAGAUAAGAAUAAUAAAAAAAAUAAACUAUACAAUUUGAGAUUUAA